CGAAGGUGUAUAGUCUCGUUGCAUAUAUACACAUCUUUCGCUUUCACGUACAAUCACAAGCAACGUACACACCCACUUCCGUCUAGCUCUUGUGUGAAAUCCACCAAUAUAUAUAACCUGCUUAGUCCUGAGAGUUUUCAGCAAGACUGAGAGGGAGAGUGCAUAUAUAGCCUUUAAGAUCAACCAAAGGAGACAAAGAUGAGCGAUCAGAAUGAGAUAAGAUCGGCACCCUUGACGCCGAGGCCACGAUCAGCUGCGCCGACACCUCCGGUGGUGCGGACGCCGCCUGUGUCAUGUCCACCCUCUCAGUUGCACUCACCCUCUCUGUCAAGGUCACCGCUUCUUCAUGUGGAGAAUGGAGAGGCGGCGCCACCUCGAAAGAAGGCUCCCAAAACACCAAUCCGAACCCCGAGACUAUCUUUGACUCCACGGUUCCUGACUCCGCUUGGAAGCCCAGUGAGGAAGGCUCUGAGGAUGACGAAGCUUGAUCCUCAGGACGCUUGGCUUCCAAUCACCGAGUCAAGAAAUGGUAACAAAUACUACGCUGCUUUUCAUACUCUCUGCUCUGGGAUUGGAAUUCAGGCUCUUGUGCUUCCUGUGGCCUUCACAAUCCUUGGCUGGACAUGGGGGAUAAUUUGCUUGACUUUGGCAUUUAUAUGGCAACUUUACACCCUUUGGUUGCUGGUUCAGCUCCACGAAUCAGUUGAAACUGGGAUGCGCUAUUGCCGAUACCUCCAACUCUGCUGUGCUACCUUCGGUAGCAAGCUAGGAAAGUUUCUGGCUGUGUUUCCAAUCCAAUACCUCUCAGGUGGUACAUGUAUAGCUUUGAUCAUUAUCGGUGGAUCAACCGCUAAACAAUUCUACCAAAUUAUUUGCGGCUCCGCAUGCUCUGCAUCCAGCCCGCUGACCAACGUGGAAUGGUACUUGGUGUUUACGUGCGCAGCCGUGUUGCUGUCCCAGCUGCCCAACUUGAACUCAAUAGCCGGUGUCUCGUUGAUCGGCGCCGUCACGGCAGUUGGGUAUUGCACAAUUAUAUGGGUUGUGUCCGUGGCAAAGGGCAGGCUCCCGGGCGUGUCCUACAAUCCUGUGAGAGGCAGCACCCAGGUUGACCAUGCUUUUGAUGUGCUUAAUGCACUUGGGAUCAUUGCUUUUGCUUUCAGGGGCCACAAUCUUAUUCUUGAGAUUCAGGCUACCAUGCCUUCAGAUGAGAAGCAUCCCUCACGAGUACCAAUGUGGAAAGGAGUGAAGGCUUCCUAUACACUGAUAGCCGCAUGCUUAUUUCCUAUUGCAAUUGGUGGCUAUUGGGCUUAUGGGCAUCAGAUACCAGCAAGUGGAAUGCUUACGGCCCUCUACCAAUUCCACACGGCUGAUGUGUCAAAGUCUCUGCUAGCUAUAACUGCCUUGUUCGUCAUAAUAAACGCAGCAAGCUCAUUCCAAAUAUAUGCCAUGCCAAUAUUUGAUGACAUGGAGUCCAUGUACACUAUGAAAAAGAUGAAGGCGUGCCCGUGGUGGCUACGUGCAGCUUUCCGUGCUGUGUUCGGGUUUGGCAUCUUCUUUGGGGCGGUGGCAUUGCCAUUCGUCGGAAGUGUUGCCGGUUUGAUUGGAGGGGCAGCACUGCCUGUCACAUUGGCAUACCCAUGCUUCAUGUGGCUCAAGGUUAGGAAGCCUAAGAUGUAUGGCCUAAUGUGGUGGCUUAAUUGGGUACUAGGGGUCACGGGCAUGUUUCUAAGCGUUAUAUUGACUGUUGCUGGCAUUUAUGUUGUGGUUCAAACCGGUGUUAAAGUGAGUUUCUUCAACCCUUAAUAAGUCGGAGCAGAACCAGAAUUUUAAGCGAAGCAAUGCUUUAAAAAAAAUUAUAUAUAUAGACUACAUAGUUGUAGUUUGCUGUUGUCUUGCACACUUUCCAAGAGAAAUGUGACACAACUUCACUUUUUUUGUUCUUUUUUCUUACGGCAAUGUUGUGGUUGACGACAAAGAAUUCUUAGGUGUAUGUAAUACCAAAUUUAAUUACAAUUCUCUCUCUCUCUCUCUCU